AUGCCUACCCGACUGCUGGUGGAGUCGGCAUGCCUUUUCUUGGGACAGAGUGCGUCCCGACUGGAAGGUUCCACCGCGUCCGAUGCUGGAAAUUGGUCCUUGGUUCCGGGCCGGACCGAGGGCGGUCCCGUGACUGGCGGAGAAACAAUGUUGCGGGCUGCGUGCCUGGCUGCGGGACGGAGCACUGCAGUUACUGCAGUUACUGCAGUACGCGAAGCUCGACGGCACUGCCGACGAGUCCCUAACAGCGCUAGCCUCCCCAGAGCCCCAGACUCUCGCGCUGAUUGGCGGGCCGUGAUCCUGGCCCCUGUCAGCUGGCGGCUCCUGUUGGUCCCCGCCUGGCGGUCUCUUCCCAAGCUCACCGCACACAAGCUGCGUCCUGACGGUCGAUGCCCAAGCAAGCACGCAUUACGGCCCAACUCGCUCUUAGGUACCACCUGCGCUUUUCCUGCCAGUGACCUGAACACACACCCGGCCUCUUCGAGCGACUGGUGGGUCGCUGAAACCGCCACGAUGCAGGGCUUUCCUCAGCCAGUCAGCCGGCUAGGGAAAGCCUCGCUGAGUCGCCGCUUGUCGCACAGUGCAGGGCGCGUGCAGUACGAGGAUGGAGAGGGCGGCGUCAGUCUGUUUGUGAACCCCGCCGCCAAACGAGAGCUUGCGAUCCCCACGGGUGUUUCCUCGGCUCCCAUCGAGUCUAAGGAGGGUGUCCGUUGUGCUAUGCCGUGUGCUUGCAACAUUUCGGGAUCUCUGCAUCUGCCCUCCAUCUCUCUGUCGCCUGGCUGGAGAAGGCAGCGCGGCCUUCCCGCCUGUUGCGUCCGCCGCAUCCUGCUGGAACAUGCUGGAUUCGAGGGAAAAAUCAGCCUGCCCAUGAUGCGGUCGCCCUAG